AUGGUUGGUACGGGUGGUCCAGUGGCCUCUUUCUCUGUGUGGGACUAUGUGGUGUUUGCCGGAACAAUCCUGGCGUCUGCUGGCAUCGGCCUUUUCCAGGCCAUCCGAGGCCGUAAGGAGACCAGCAGCGCUGAGUUCUUGCUGGGUGGACGGCAAAUGACAGCCGUGCCGGUUGCCAUGUCGCUCACGGCCAGCUUCAUGUCUGGCAUCACGGUCAUUGGCACACCUGCUGAGGCCUACCGGUUUGGAGCUGCCUUCUGGCUCUUCGCCUUCUCCUAUGCCAUCAUGUCGGCCAUCACUGCUGAGGUUUUUGUGCCGCUUUUCUACAGACUGAACAUCACCAGCGCCUAUGAGUACUUGGAGCUGCGCUUCAGCCGGCCCAUUCGGUUAAUUGGGACGUCAAUGUACAUCAUACAGACGGCCCUGUACACCGGCUUGGUCAUUUACGCUCCAGCUCUUGCACUAAAUCAAAUCACAGGACUCGAUCUGUGGGGAGUGUUGGUAGCUACAGGAGCGGUGUGCAUCAUCUACUGCACUUUGGGUGGUCUGAAAGCGGUGAUCUGGACAGACGUGUUGCAGAUGAUGAUCAUGCUGGCAGGUUUUGUGGCUGUUAUAGCUCGAGGAGCCGUACUGCAGGGAGGCCUGACGAACAUCUGGAAAGACGCCGGCCAAGGAGGCCGAUUAGAGGUGUUUGAUUUUGACCCAGAUCCUCUGAAGCGACAUACUUUCUGGAGUAUUGUCAUCGGUGGCAGCGUGAUGUGGGCCUCUAUCUACUCAAUCAACCAGUCCCAGGUGCAGCGCUACAUAUCCUGCAAAACCUUGGGACAUGCCAAGAUGUCUUUGUAUGUGAACAUGGUCGGCUUGUGGGUGACUGUGAGCCUGGCUGUGUUUUCCGGCCUCACCAUGUUCUCCAUCUACAAGAACUGUGACCCACUUACAAACAACGAUGUGCGCACCCCUGACCAGUUGCUGCCCUACCUUGUGAUGGAUAUUCUGGCAGUUUACCCUGGAGUCCCUGGCUUGUUUGUGGCCGCGGCAUACAGUGGGACUCUCAGCACGGUGUCUUCCAGUAUUAAUGCUCUUGUUGCUGUCACUGUGGAAGAUUAUUUACAUCCAGUGUGCAAAAACCUCACAGAGAGACAGGUGACCUGGAUGAACAUGGGCCUGAGUGUAUUGUUUGGCGCCCUAUGUAUUGGGAUGGCUGGAGUUGCUUCCUUGAUGGAAAGCAUUUUGCAGGCAGCUCUGUCCAUAUUUGGCAUGAUCAGUGGGCCUCUUCUUGGUCUUUACCUACUGGGCAUGCUGUUCCGCACAUCAAAUUCAAUAGGAGGACUUGUAGGAAUGAUCAUUGGUCUAGUGUUGACUCUGUGGGUGGGGAUUGGAGGCCAGAUUUACCCGCCGACGGCUGAAAAGACAAAUCCUCUCCCACUCAGCACUGCAGGCUGCAACAGCACAAUGGGCCAGAGCCACACAACAACAGCUCCGUGGACCAGUCCAACGACUCUGACCACUCCGCCUCAUGGCCGGCCACCUCUGGCAGACUCCUGGUACUCUCUGUCAUACCUCUACCUUGCUCUUUUGGGUACACUGACCACAAUCGCCUCUGGCCUGCUGGUGAGCAUGAUCACAGGUGGAUGCAAGCAAGAAAAACUGAACUCUGACCUGUUUGUGAGGAUAAGCGACAUGAGCUGCUUCAGCUGGUGUGAUAAAUCAGAGGCAUCAGACAUCACAGAAAAGGCUGCAACAGACUUUCACUUCGAAGCUGACAACCCAACGUACAAAUACACUGACAUGAUGAGCAAGGAUGUUGAAAAAAGCACCAAGCUAUAAAGCUUCUAUAUCAACACACUGUUCCCUUUUUUAAUAAACACAUAAAUGACAAACCACAAUUGUUAUGCUGCUGCAUCCCUGUGGUGCAUUUGAUUUGCAGAAACAAAUGAUUUUAACUCUAUUAUUGGUA